AUGCCGAAUAUCUCAAUAGUUUGUACUGAGAUGAAGAUGAUCAGCAGGCGGAAGUUUGAACUCGUAUAUGUUAAACAUGCUUUCCAUGAGGAUACUGAUAGGUUAUGGUCUUUUGUAGUGCUUUUACUCAAGAACAAGCACUUGCUGCUAGUAAUACGUCUCUGUGAGAUUCGAACUCACGCUCUUCCAGCCAAGGUUGGAAAAACACCUGUCAAGCCAACUAAAAAGUUAACUAUAGACCGAGACGGGGGGAAGAAAUCGAAAGACAAGGGCGAACUUUACUUUUUUAGGCAACGAAGACCGUAUAAAGUUUGGAGACCCCGCCUUUUUCGUUUGGGAUGA